GAGCCCAAGAUGACAAUUUCUUGACAGCCAUGAAAGAUUCUCCGGCCAGUGUGAUAGAGGCCCUUGUGUGCUUUUUCUCCAUCUGGUCUGUGGUGGGCCUGGCGGGAUUCCAUUCCUACCUGACAGCCUCUGAGCUCACCACCAAUGAAGAUAUCAAAGGCACGUUCACAGCCAAGAGAGGUCAAGACAACUUCAACCCCUUCAGUAAAGGCUCUCUCCUCAAGAACUGUCUCGGGGUGCUGUGUGGACCGAACCCUCCGAGCUUGCUUGACCGUCGGGGCAUGGUAGUGCCAGAACCAGAACCCGUGUCACAUGUAAGUGUUGUUCAAGCUGAGAAAGACGCUAAUGCGGUCAGUGCUCACCACGAGUACUAUGGCUCCACGCAGAAAACCAACAACAUGGGCACCAACACAGUGGCCGACCGCUCGGUGGUGGUGGUCAACGAGGAGAGCAGCCCGAAGAAACGGGACAUGAUCAGCUACCAGUCGCCCGACGGCUCCAUCAACAACAAAGUUCCCUCUGUCAAUGGCUCUGGAGUGAUCCCGGCCCAGAACUGCAUAGGGAAAAAGAAUCAUAUUUGGGAUAUGACCCUAAAUCAACUGGAUUACCUUGGUCACCGAGUGAACAUCUACCCGGCCAGCCACGGCAGCGUCAACUACUACCGCGACCCUCAAGAAGCCCCGACCCGGGGUGAGCUGUACGUCCACUCUGCCGGCUACCCUCGCAGCGAUGACCACCAGAAGUACGUCUUGUCCCGCGGGGUCAGCGCCGACUUCCCCUCGGUCAAUUACUGACCUGGCCACGGUAGAGACGCUUCAUUCGCUCAUGCUGGCGUGCGUAGCAUCAAAAAGUUAAAAAGUCACAGAUUGGAACUCUCUAUACUGCUUACACACCGAUGUAAUCGGCGGGCCAUGGACUUGAUUGGUGCCGCCAUGCAUAGCGUAAAACGUCACUCUGGAACUUUCUACAUACUGCUUACAUACCACUGUAAUAAUAAUAAUGGGCGUUUCCAGUUGUCUUGGGUUUCAACUGGUUCUCCCUCCUCGCACUCUCGCCACCACACCCCUAUCUACUGGAUAACCCCCAGUCUUAUUAUGUUGGGGAAAAUUUACGUCAUGUGAAAUAUUUCGUGGAAGUUCAAGCUCUCCUCUACCCCCCGCCCCCACACACACUGCUGUGCCACGCCAUGCCACCAUGGAGUGGACAUUGUGGACUUUUGUCUGACCUUUAGAUUGUUCCAGCUGACUGACCAGCCUCCUCCUGUGAGUGACCCUUGAACUUUGGAAUGAUACAUCAGUUGUCUUGGUAGGGUGUCAGUCGGGGGCUGAUCUGUUGAAGAAACAUCAAAGAGUGACAAGGAAACUCAUCAUCUCCUCUCCAGAAUUGACAAACAUUUCUUCUGGUGGCACUGUCAAAAAUACAUGGCCUCGACUUCUGAGUUUCUUCACUUUUAAAAGAAAAGGAAGUGGAUUAAGGGAGCAGUUUCUUUUUCACUCACGUCAUGUGUGUGUGUAAACAUUUCACUACCCAGCUUCGAUUUUAUGUGGUUGUUUAUUAUCUUGAAUUCUGUUGGAUGUUUGACUUUACAGGUUGAGUUUUCAUCAUUUGUUUUAUGUUAUGAUUGUUUGUUUGUUUUUUUGUUCAUGAUUGAUAUUAUAUAUACUAUUGUUUAUAGGACUGUAAGACAUGUGUACAGGUUUUUGUGUGAUUCGAAGUAUUAGAUACAUUUUAUUCAGAGUAUGUGAACUGGUUUGUAUGGAGAGCUAGUUUAAUUGUUCUUUAUAUGUUGUUGUUUUCCUUGUUAUUUGAUGGGUGAUGUCAUUCAUAUAGGGAUGUUUUGUUUUGAGUUUUUUGCUCAUCGGCUGUGUCAGUCUCCAUCUUGAUAGGUCAGAGUCCCUACCACGUACAUUUCUCACACAUAUUUUUGAAAACGGAUAGGGUUUUUUUUCCCUCCACGUCAUAUUCAUAGGUUGCUUUUCCCAUUCAGACCUUGGAUACAUUUUUUUUUACAUGGUGGCUGAGAUCUGCACGAUGGAUAGUUUCAUGCUGGAUGGAGGGAGGGGGUGUUGAGCACUUAUAGCGCUCAUCCACACACACUCACAAACACACACAAUCACACUCACACACACACAGCUCAAGCUGCUACUGAUGAGGACCAAUCAAACAAUUAUCUUUUUUUUUAUGUCCAGUCCUUCGUUUUUCUCUUUCUGUAAUUUUUUUUUCUUUUUUAAAAUGAUACUGACAACGUGAAAGUAGUAGCUCAACCUUACAAAAAUUUUACAGAUUUUUACAAAGAUGCCUACUGAAUUUUUAUGUUGGUGUUAACUUUAUCAAUUGUAUAAAUUUAUAGAGUGUGAAAUAUAGUGUAUUGUAAAGCAGUGUUCAGUGUAGCAAGCUCUUUUAUUAUCGUCAACACAAGGGGUAAUAGGAUUGUAAUUAAAAUAUCUCUACACAAGACAUUUCAUUUAAUAUAUAUAGAUAUAUAUAUAGAUAUAUAUAUAGAUAUAUAUAUAGAUAUAUAUAUGUAUGCCUAUCACAAGGACAGUAUUGCUGUAAAGUAUCUCUCCUUGUCAUUUUGCUGUAUAAACUUCAUUCAUACAUAAGAUUUUUAUACCCACAUUUUAUUAUUUAAGCUAACAGGUAGAGUUGAAGAAAAAGACAAUUGCAUAAUGUGGGCCUUUUUGCGAGGAAACAGUUACAAAUGGUGCUAGUUUUUUUUCAGGAGGUCCAGAAAUAGGAAAUGGCUUUUUUCUUGUUUGUCUUAUAUUAUAAGAGCUAAUUCCAGCAUAUUGUUGAGGGAUGGCCUAGUUACUGUGGAUUCUGGAAAUUAUGCUGCUUCUCGAUGGCUCCCAUAUUUGAUGGCCGAGUCUGUAACACAUGCCUUUGUCGGACUGCAAUGAACUCGAGAAAAGGUCACGGUGAAAUCACCCAAGGGUCUCUGAGGCCUCUUGUGUGUAUGUGGACUGGGAGGUUGCGGCUUGGUCAUUGGGACAGAGUCUGGGGGAGAAAACUCAGUCUUCUAGUUAAGUUCAUAUUCUGACAUGCACUUUAGAAAUUUGCACCCCUGUUAUCGUAUAUACGACUUUUGCUUCUUUCCCCACGAUCACUGUGGCGAAAGGUGGCCAUAGGUUUGGGCCGACUUGACAUGCUUUUACGACUCAACAACUUCAUUUUUUUUUUUCUUUUUGUGGCACCAAUUACAAUG